AUGGCAGUUAACGUCGUUUUAGAUAAAGAGAAAGAAACAUCAAGAGUUGCUAUUUUGGAUGAGAAUAAUAAUAAUUAUGUUUUAGAAACUUUGCCUGCAAAUGAAACACUUUUUUCUCAUAAAGCAAACCUAUUUGUGUCUAAAGGAAAGACAGGAAAAGUAUUAGAAGUUCAUUUAAAAAAUCGUAUAGGAAGCGAAAGCUUCAUUGAAAUUAUGCAGAAAGCUUUAGCUAGACAUUAUAAUAAGGAUUUUAUUGUCGGUUUGGGUGGAGUAUUUCUUGUAACGAAAGGGAAUGUAAAACAGCAUUUAAUACCAUCUUCUUUAGAGCAACCUUCACAUCCUGACAAAGAUUGUUAUUCCUUCAACAUGUCUGCUCCAUUAAUUGCAGUUGGCAGCUUUAUUUCAGCGAAAACGAGUGAUUUUAGUUUCAGAGAAGAAAACAAUAAUUGUAAUGUUUCAAGUGAUAGUGAUUAUAGUAAUUCAGCAGAAAGUGGGUACGAUGUACCACGUGAGAAUAAAAAAUUCAAGCCGGACAAAAUAAAAUGGUCAAAUAAAUUACAAAAAAUAAAUCCAGAGCAUUCCAAGGAACCAGCAGGACCACUUCACGAUUUAGAACCUGGAAGUUUAAACGAAGAUUUGUUUUCCUUGUUCCUGGACGAACAAUUUUACGAAUUAAUAUCAGCUGCAACAAAUAAAUAUUCUCAGUAG